AUUUUCUCCCCUCUACCUGCAACUAGGGUUUUCUCUCACUCAAACAGAGCCGAAAUCUAGUCAGUAGAGAGGGAGGUUAAAGCGACGGCGUAGUGUGCUGUCCUCCUUGACGAAGCUCUUGCUUGUGUCUUGGGCCUCAAUUUUGUUGUAUCUCUUAGAUUCACUUUCUUAGGGUUCAAUAUCUGUAGUUAUAUAUAUAUAUAUAUAUAUAUAUCUCUGAAACUCUAGUCAUCCGAAUCAAUGGCACCUAAAACAUCAAAGGCCGACAAGAAGAUCGCGUACGAUCACAAGCUGUGCCAGCUUCUAGAUGAGUUCAACCAGAUCCUGGUAGCAGCUGCUGACAACGUUGGGUCGAACCAGUUGCAGAAGAUACGUCAGGGUCUUCGUGGUGACUCUGUGGUUCUGAUGGGUAAGAACACCAUGAUGAAGAGGUCCAUCAGGAUUCAUGCUGAAAACACUGGCAACAAGACAUUUCUCAAUCUGAUCCCUCUACUUGUUGGCAAUGUUGGGUUGAUCUUUACCAAGGGUGAUUUGAAGGAAGUGAGCGAAGAGGUCGCCAAGUACAAGGUGGGAGCUCCAGCUCGUGUUGGUUUGGUGGCUCCAGUGGAUGUGGUUGUCCCUCCAGGGAACACUGGACUCGAUCCUUCUCAAACCUCUUUCUUCCAGGUGCUCAAUAUUCCCACCAAGAUUAACAAGGGUACUGUUGAAAUUAUUACCCCGGUUGAGCUUAUCAAGAAGGGGGACAAAGUUGGUUCUUCCGAGGCUGCUCUCCUUGCAAAACUUGGGAUUAGACCCUUCUCUUAUGGUCUAGUUGUCCUCUCAGCUUACGACAAUGGAUCAGUCUUCAGUCCAGAGGUGCUUGAUCUUACAGAGGAAGAUCUCAUUGAGAAGUUUGCUAUGGGAGUUUCCAUGGUUACAUCGCUGUCAUUGGCUCUCUCAUACCCAACCUUAGCAGCUGUUCCCCACAUGUUCCUCAAUGCCUACAAAAAUGUUCUGGCAGUUGCACUCUGUACCGAAUAUUCCUUCCCUCAGGCUGAUAAGGUGAAGGAGUACCUUGAGGAUCCUAGCAAGUUUGCUGUUGCUGUUACCACGGUUGCAGCUGCUGAUUCUGGGAGUGCUCCUGCUGCUGCCAAGGAGGAAGAAAAGAAGGAUGAACCUGCUGAAGAGUCUGAUGAUGACAUGGGUUUCAGUCUGUUUGAUUAAGUUUUAAGUUUGUUAUGGUUUCACUUUAUGACUAAGAAUUUAUAUUGCAGUUACUUUAUUGUGUGUUGGUGAUGUAUUUCAUCAGGAUUAUACCUGGUGUUUAGGUUUUGUUGCUCUUUGCUCUGCGAAGUUGAUUUCCGUUUCUCUGUUCUA